AUGCGAGACGGCUUCUCCAUAACACAGGUGCUCAAGUACCUUGCCAUCAUUUACGUUGGCUGCUCCAUUCUAUACGCAACGGGUCAUCUUGCAGGUCUCAUCAACACAUCAAGGUCGUCGAGUAGCCAAUUGACUACAGCACGCUCGGCUCCGCAGGCACCUGUUACAGUUGCCGAGUUACAGCAGCGAUAUCAAGGUGUUCAACAAGUAACCUGGAGCAAUACACAAGAUCAAUAUGAAGCUAUCUCCGAAGACUUGAUGCUCGAUAAGGUGUUUGCAGAUGCCAUGGGACCAUCCAAAGUGAUCCCUUAUUAUUUCAAGGCCGAGGAAUCAUCUGACAAUGAAGAAGUGACGAUCGCCACCCUAGUGACCCACAACCGCUUCAAAGUACUUAGUCGUCUUGCCAGCCGAUACAAAGGCCCAGUGUCUGUUGCCAUUCAUGUGAAUGACGAUGAUACGAAGCAAGUCAUCCUUACCGAUCUACAUCGCCUUUACGACGAGAAUCCUGAUAUGCGACGCUAUGUGGAUUUGCAUUUGGUAGUUGACAAGUUUGAUCGGCAAUUCAACAUGUGGCGUAACGUAGCCAAGUUUUUCGCACGCACUGACUACAUCAUGAUGCUCGACGUUGAUUUUCAUUUAUGCACGGAUUUCCGAAAGUCGCUCAAAGCCAACCCAGAACUCAUGCAAGUAUUACGCAGCGGCACAGGUGCUAUUGUUGUUCCUGCAUUCGAAUACAUCAAUGAAGAGGAUGGCGAGGAUUGGCGUGAAUUCCCAAAGAAUAAGCAAGAGUUAUUGGAAGACGUGCAAAGCGAAAAGCUGGACAUGUUCCAUCGAUCAUGGAGACCCGGUCAUGGAUCGACCAAUUAUACACGGUGGUAUGCAGCCGUUGAUCCUUACAAGGUUACUGAAUACAGCUAUUCGUAUGAGCCCUAUGUCAUCUUCAAGAAGGAGGGUACGCCAUGGUGUGAGGAACGUUUUGUGGGUUAUGGCGCAAACAAAGCAGCUUGCUUGUACGAGAUUUAUUUGGCCGGCAUAGACUACUGGGUGCUUCCUGAUGACUUUUUGAUCCACCAGACUCAUCAUUAUCCAGAAGACACACGUGCACGCGAGCGCAAGUACAACAAGAAGCUAUACGACUAUUUCAGAGAGGAAGUUUGUCUUCGUUAUUCACGUACCAUGAUUGCCGCUGGAUUGUGGGGCACACCACGAGCUGACAACGUUAAACGGGAGUGUGCAAAGAUCAAAGGCUUCAAUGAUAUCAUUUCUCGCAUGCAUGGUUAA